AAACAAGUGAAAUAAAAAACAAAUUAGGAAGAGAUCAGCAUACAAAAGGCGGCCUUAUCGCUAAGUAGCGAUUUCUUCCAGGCAACCUUCGGUUUAGGAAAACUUAAGGACAUCAGCAGGUGGCGUAAAACAAAAAUAACCAUAGUAUUAGUAAUACACAUACAUACAAAUAAUUUACAUCCUAAUACAUAAACAAUAUUACACAAAUACCUACAAUAAUGAAUAAAAUACAUAUCAAAAUAUACUAAUAAAUACCUUAUAUUGAAAAGAAAUAAUAUAUACAGAUCGUCUUUACUGCACCAGAUAAUGAGACUUUACGGCAUUUUUAAAAAUGUCCAGUGUCUUUGAUUGCCGUAUGUUUAAAGGGAGAGCAUUCCAUAACUUAACGGCUUGCGCAACGAAAGAAUGUUUAUAAAAUUUCGUCUUAUGCACGGGUAAACAUAGAGUUAGUAAUCGACACUGUCUCAGUUCAGACUGCACUCCCUGAAACGUAAAUUUCUCCUUCAGAUACACAGGAGAUUUUGGAUUAAACAACACACAGUACAAAAGUGAAAGUACAUGCAGAUCCCGGCGACGACGAAUAGGGAGCCACUUGAGCUUCUAACGGAAUUCAGAAAUAUGGUCAUAUUUGCGUAGGCUAAUUAAGAACCGAAUAGCAAGAUUUUGAAGUCGCUCAAGUUUAUUGAGUUGGUCCUCAGUUAUAUUUAGAUAGCUCGCGUCCGAUAAUUUAAUCGAUUACCUAUACAAUGGAGUUACAGUGUAAAGUACAAAACUAUGAAUGGGGAAAACUGGGGUCAGACAGUAUGGUGGCACAACUUUUAUCAAGUGGAAAUCCAAAUGUUACAAUAAACUCUGAACAACCAUAUGCCGAAUUGUGGAUGGGAACCCAUCCAAAUGGACCUUCCUUGAUUAUUGAACGAGGUAUUCUUCUGUCUGAGUACCUGAAGGACAACCAUGAUGCAAUCGGCCCUGAUGUUAAGAAGAAGUUUGGUGUCACUGUACCUUUCCUUCUUAAAGUUUUGUCUAUCCGUAAAGCUUUGUCUAUACAAGCUCACCCAGCUAAGGAUCAUGCAGAAGAACUACACAGACUCUUUCCAGAUAUGUAUAAAGAUCCCAAUCACAAGCCUGAGCUGGCUAUAGCUUUGACUCCAUUCGAAGCUUUGUGUGGAUUCAGGCCAAUUGCACAAAUUAAGAAGUUUUUACAAGAUCUGCCUGAACUUGCACAGAUACUGCCAGAGGGAUUAUUAAAUGGAUUCUUUAAUGCAGAGGGAGCAGAAAAAUGUGAAAAACAUUUAAAAACAGUGUUUCAUUCCCUAAUGACAUGUGAUAAGAAAAAUAUAACCUUGAGUUUAGAAAACCUACUUAGUAGAUUGGAAAAGGAAGAUACAUCUAUACAGACAUUGCUUCAAUAUCCAUUGGUACAAAGACUUCAUAAAGAUUUCCCAGGGGAUGUUGGCUGCUGGGCGCCAUACUUUAUGAACUAUUUGAAGCUUGCUCCUGGACAGGCAAUAUUUCUCAAGCCAAAUCUGCCACAUGCAUAUAUCAGUGGAGACUGUGUAGAAUGUAUGGCAUGCUCAGACAAUGUGGUGCGAGCGGGCCUAACACCGAAGCACAUAGACGUUGAGACACUGGUGGAUAUGCUGGACUACUGCAGUUACUCCAACGCAGAGAUGUUGUUCACUCCGCACUUAGAGGACGAGUUCAGCUGCAUAUGGAGACCGCCUGUACCGGACUUUGCUGUUGUUAAGAUAAAGGUACCAAGUGGUGACUCCUACAACACAAUAGUCCGGCCCAGUCCGAGCGUGAUCAUCAUCACGUCAGGGUCGGGGCAGGCUUGCGAUACUGAACCGGUUCCAGUCAGGCCCGGAGUGGUUCUGUUCCUGAAGGCAAGUCGACAGCUUACUUUCACGCCUUCUGAUGGGUCACAUAUCGAAGCAUACCAGGCUAUAUGCAAUGUUUGAUAACCGACUGAACUGUAUUUUCAAUAGGGAAUAUGCAUGUGAUUCGAUUUAAGGCCAGAUAUUAACUUUAACCUGAGUUACCAGGAAAUGAAAAUUUCAGAGCGUUGGAACGAAAUAAUGUACCACGCAAUUUGUUGGACAAUGUCGCUGAUAAAUUGUAUAACUAUUAAUUAAGCAACAGUAAAAAAACAGCUGGUUAGUAAAAUUUUUUAAUAACCUUGUUGUUGAUACAAGUUAAGAGGUGGGUAAAGUGACAAAAGUUUCCUGGUAACCCAGUCAGCUACCAGAAACAAGAAUUUUCGUAAACAAAAAAGGUGAUCGUCUCAUCGAGAUGAAGCUACUCACGAAAAAUUAGCUUGUUAGUAAUCGGAUGUACAAAAUGUUCUAGGGAUCCCUGACUAUGGCAUUACAAAAAACCAAAAACUAAAGAAGUAUUUUUGCUAACUAGUAACUACUAAGAACUUAAGUUGUUAUCUGACCGUAAAGUGCCAAAGCCAAAUAAGUUGUAGCCAAUUAGCCAAAAUGUUUAAUUGAUAGCUUGUAAUGCUGCAAAUCAUAUCUAAUUGGUUUUACCUUUUUUAAUACCGCAGAAUAUUUAAGUAAUAAACGGAACGUUCGACAAAAAUAUUAUUUAACAAUUAGUUUGACAUUUAUUGUAUCAAGCAACAUUGAGACGACACAAAAUGGACGACAGCGUUUUUGACGUUUGGAAAUUUUGAAAAAUAAAAUACAUGAUUUUUAAAUUAAGUUUCAUAAGAAAUCCUUAAUUUUUAUUAAUUAACGUUGAUAUAUUUCGGAUCCUUAUUCCAUAUCCUAUACGAAAUUAAUAUUGUUUGUAUUUAAUUCGAUAUGAGUCAACUACCCUAUUGUAACGUCAUUUUCCACGUUAACAAGUUGAGUCAAGCAAUAGAAAAGUUUUGUUUGAUCCUAUAGCGCUAAAAUAGUGGUGUUAUAAAUGCUUAAAAUAUGUCUGACAUCAAGAGUUCAUUUUGCAGGUUUAUCUCGGGAUUUUACUUUUAUUUUUAAAUAUUCGAACUUAGUUGAUAAUUGACAAUUGCUAAGGUGGUUGUUAAAGUGUCGGUAUUAGAUUGCUUGCAACAAUAUCUUGUGCGUAAUAAAAUCUUGUAGUUAUGGUUGUUAUUCUUGUCUGGACCAUGUUUGUGCCUUAAAAAUAUGACACCAAAACUAUCGAAAAUGUUUGUUUCGAUUCAUUACAAAGUCCACGCACAAAUUGUGCUCUUUUGCGGUGAAUGCUCUCUGUGUCUAGUUACUGAGCACCCGCAUAUAAUAGGGCAGGGUAGGCGAACCAAUGGCACGCGUGCCAUUGAUUGCACGCGACACAAUAUUUUGGGCACGUCGCCGAUCAUAAAACAUGUGUAAAGUAGGUAUUUGACAUAAAUUAUUUGUCAUCUAACCUGCAGCAACAGAAGUCACACUAAUUUUACAAUAAUUUAAUUUAUGCGUGUAAUAAAAACAUUCCAAAAUGUACCUCUUUUGUUUACUUUAUUUCAUAAAGAGUUUUGAUAGUAUUUAUUAUUGUUAUUCUCCAAAUAAUCAGAAAGUCAAAAUUAUUUGAUGGCACGCCAAUGACCCCAUUAAACAUUUUUUAGAAAAAAUGGCACGUUGAUGCAUAAAGAUUCGCCUACCCUGUAAUAGGGUCAUAUCAAAUUUAAUAUAAACAAUAUUAAUUUCGUGUAGUACAUGGAAUAAGGGUCCGAAAUAUAUCGAUAUCAAUUAAUAAAAGUUAAGGAUU